AUGUCAAAUUGGAUACGUGAUGACACUUCGUUACUGCAAAUCGUUGCGGUAAUUGCAGACUCAUUAUCGCCAAUGCAAGAGCAGAGAAGCCAUGCUUCGGGAUUGCUUGAAUCAUUCAAGAUGCAAACAGAAUUCUUAAAUUAUUUAUGCUACUUAUUGACAGAGGCGGAUACAGAUACGUUGCUAAAUUCUCAGUACCCGUUUCUGGAUGUACAGAACUAUCGGGCUGCAGCGGGAAUGAUUCUGAAAAACUGCCUCUUGGGGGAUUCCAGAAGCUAUGACUUGGACUACGUUAAAAAAAAUAUAGCGAAAGGCUUGCUAACGGACGUACCAUUGAUAUCAAAUAUAACAGGAAUUGUUAUCACAACGCUGUUUUCGACAUACUAUCGAAAAAAUCGAGAGGAUCCGACCGGUGUAGAAUUACUAUCCCAGUUGUUAGCACUGAUGGCCAACGGACAAUUGGCAAGCGCGAAGGCGUUGUCAAAAAUCAUGGAAGACAAUGCUCAGCUUUUUCUUCUGGAAUGGUCAGGUUUAGUCAAACCCAUGGAUACAUUGGUGGCCAGUUUUUUAAGUUUUUCCAUUUCAGACUCGAGCCCGGAUGUGAGAGCAGAGGCAAUCAAAUGCUUGAACCAGGUCAUCCCAUUACAAACACAAAGCUUCAUCGUGAGAAUUGACGAAUUCUUAUCCAACAUCUUCCAGUUGGCGCAGAAUGAUCAGAGCGAUAUAGUAGUACUCCAAAUUUGCAUUUCCUUGAUUGAGCUUCUCGAGUUUAGACCAGAUAAAUUGAUAAAUCACUUGAGCGGGAUUAUUGGCUUUGCCAUGCAUGUAAUUAGUUCGUCUUCCAGCCAGGAAACCGCGUUGAAGGCUGCCGAGUUUCUCCUCGCGUUUGCAUCUAAUUCCUAUAUUCCGGAAAGCAAUGUCAAACCAUUCAUAAAUGAUGUGGUACCCGUCCUUCUUUCAAAAAUGGCGUACGACGAAGACGAGAUUAUUGUGUUCGAGGCUUCGAACGAUGACGAUGCCGAACUAGAAGAUAGAGAUGAGGAUAUCAAGCCAGCAACCGCCAAAAAAAGCAGAAAACGAGACAAUUCCGGAGUAGAUGAUGAGUAUGCAGAUGAUGAAGAUGAUGAUGUCGGUGAAUUUGAUACGCAAUGGAAUUUGCGGAAAUGCUGCGCAGCCACACUGGAUGUUUUGACCAGCAUACUACCAAGAGACGUUUUGUUUAUUGGCUUCCCAAUUUUGAGAGAGCGGCUUUCAUCAGAGCAUUGGUAUGUUCGGGAAGCUGCAAUCUUGGCGUUUGGCGCAAUGGCUGACGGUGGAAUGAGAUACUUCGCCGAUCAGUUGCCCGCACUGAUACCCUUUCUCCUCGAGAAACUUAAUGAUAAAUGGGCACCUGUCCGUACCAUAACGUGCUGGACCUUAAGCAGGUUUUCCACGUGGAUCUUGGCCGACAACACACAAUUCUUAAUGCCAGUAUUGGAAUCUCUCAUGAAUUCUCUCUUAGACAAAAAGAAAAUGGUUCAAGAAGCUAGCAUAAGUAGCGUGGCCGUGUUCAUCGAAAACUGUGAUGCUGAGAUAGUAGAAACGCUACUUUACAAUGACUUGCUGAUCAAAUUCGAUGAAUGUUUUCAGCUGUAUCAAAAGAAAAAUCUCAUCAUUCUAUAUGACGCAGUUGGUAGACUUGCGGAGAAAUGUGAGUUCGACGAGGCUGCGAUGAAUUCCAUUCUGCCGCAUCUUAUCAAAAAUUGGGGAUCUUUGUCGGACGCAGACAAAGAACUCUGGCCUCUGCUGGAAUGUUUAUCUUAUGUUGCUGCAUCUUUGGGUGAGAAAUUCGCACCUAUGGCUCCCGAAGUCUACCAUCGCGCGUGGAGGAUUCUGGUGCAUUGCGUGGAGCUUGAGACUCAAUCUCAAAGCGACCCAUCAAUGAAUGUUCCUGAAAAAGACUUCACAGUGACGUCGUUGGAUCUGAUCGGCGGGCUAAUCCAAGGGUUGGGUCCCAGCAGUCAAGAGCUGCUAUUUCCCGGAGGCGAUCGCUCUGCGCUUCAAGUACUUGCACAGUGUUUGCAGGACCCUGUGCACGAGGUAAGACAGAGCGGUUUUGCUCUUCUGGGAGACAUUGCAUAUUCAUAUGAGCCCAUUUUGCUGAGCCAGCAUUUGGUGCAGUUUCUGAACUGCAUCAGCACGGAAAUCAUGCACAAUGACGACACGGAGGCUACACCGUCUAUAAACAACGCAGUGUGGGCUCUUGGGCUGAUCAGUGAGCGCAUAGACCUGGCCGAAUACAUCAUAGACCUGUCACGCGUUGUUCUGGACAGUUUCUGUGAUACCACGCGGGUUCUUCACAGCUCUGUGGUGGACAACUUGGCGGCAACCAUAGGACGCAUGGCCAAAUUUCACCCAGAGGUCUUUGCCGCUGGCGUAUUUGCUCAAGAUGCCAGUUGGGCUCGCUGGUGCGAACACGCUUCUGGUUUAUCAGACGUGGAGGAAAAAACCGCUGCUUAUUACGGGUUCGUCAAAAUUAUGAACUGUACUGACACCGGAAGGGCAAUGUCGUCGUCUACGCUGCACAAAUUUCUAAAAGGUGUGUCACACGAUGUGGAUAUUCAAGAGUUUGUUGAAGACCUAUACGGGUUUUUGAUGACGCAUUCGUCCACAUUACAGAUGCUGAAGCUGUCUCAGGAGGAGAUGAGUUUUCUGGGCCAAUUGGAGCAAGGUUGA